ACCUGUUUGUUUACCAGGUCUUUCCUCAAUACAUUUGACUAUGAACUGCAAGGGACAACCAGGUGCCACCGUCCACCCUGUGCACGGCAGCCUCCUAGUUAGAUGACGUGACCGUCUGCUGUCCACACCGCUGCAGUGACGGGUGCUGAGGCUCUGAGCACAGCCAGGGUGCCCGCUCCAGCUGCCCGCUCCAGCUGCCCGCAGCGUGCUCCUCCCGCAGUGCAGCCAGUGCCCUCCGAGUCCAGGUUCCACUGGCUCUUUUCCAAGGCUGCUUAGUCUUGAACAGACUUGUCGCCAUCAAAAAUAAUGAUUAAUUUAGAAGAUAAUGUACAGUAUGUGUCCAUGAGAAAAACUCUAAAAGUGAAGACACCUCGGUUUGAUGUAUCACUGGUGUAUUUAACUCGGAAAUUUAUGGAUCUUGUCAGAAAUGCUCCUGGGGGUAUUCUUGACUUAAACAAGGUUCCAACAAAACUGGGAGUCCGGAAACGAAGAGUGUAUGACAUCACCAAUGUCUUAGAUGGGAUCGACUUGGUUGAAAAAAAAUCGAAGAACCACAUUCGAUGGAUUGGUCCUGUCCCCUGCUUUCCAAGAGGAUCCGAUCUCAACAAUUUCGGAGCAGUGCCCCAACAGAAGAAGCUGCGGGAGGAGCUGUCUGAUCUGUCGGCCAUGGAAGAGGCUCUGGACGAGUUGAUUAAGGAUUGUGCUCAGCAGCUGUUCGAGUUGACGGAUGACAAAGACAAUGAAAGGCUCGCGUAUGUGACGUACCAAGACAUCCACAGCAUCCGAGCCUUCCACGAGCAGAUUGUCAUUGCAGUGAGAGCUCCGGCGGAGACCAGACUGGACGUCCCAGCCCCCAGAGAAGACUCCAUCACGGUGCACAUACGGAGCACCAAGGGGCCCAUCGACGUCUACCUGUGUGAAGUGGAGCAGGGGCGCUCCGGCAGGAAGGGCUCUGAAGGGGCAGGACCCUCGGCGUCUAAGAAAAGCAAACACUCAGAAACACCCGACAAAGAAGAAAAUCCUCCACAGCAAAGUGAAGUGAGUGACUGACGGGAUUUGAGCCCCGAGUGUUGAGUGGCUUUGGAGCGUCACGUGGAUGAUGACGCAUCGAGUUUGAUCCUCAGCGAUCAGUCACUGUGAAGUCCCCCCUCCGUCAGUGGCACAAGGCUAGUCGUGUCUUUGAGUGGCUCACUACUUAGAUUCCGGGAUGAUUAUGGUUUCCACAUUCAGAAGCAACUCUUUUUAUAACUCACUGCUUUUUGUCAGUGAACUAGAUAUCCUGCCUACUACCUUCCGCAAAGAGUAUCACUAACCCGAAACGGUCAGUCCUGUGUGGACUUUGCCUUCCCUUCAAGGAUCAUGUGUCGUCAUCACAAAAGCAGUUGCCUUACGCGAGGUCACGUCUGCAUUAGCUGCUGCGCAGUGGGUGGGCGUGCACACGCCAUCUAAGUGUGAUGUCUGUAUAUAUCUGUAUAGUGCUUAGAUCGCUUAUGUGUGUCUCAGUGAG